CCGUGAUAGGGAAAAUAUCCCAGAUUCACUUAAGCUUUGGCUCAACGAUUGACGCCAUGAAAGUCACGUGGUCAACUAAUGAUGAUGUCAUAUGUCAUGUGGAAUAUUGGACAACAAAUGAAGAACGCAUGCGCACAGAAGCUACUCAAUCGGAGUUGCUAAAGGACAAUUGGAGAGCUAUGAAAUAUAUACACAUGGCAGAAAUGCUGGGCCUGUUACCUCAACAAAGUUACAAAUAUAAACUUAUCUGUACUAACGAAACGAGCGAAGAAUGGACCUUUACAACGCAACCCAGAACACAUGAUCGACCUGUAAAGGUAAUCGUUUACGGCGAUAUGGGGUACGGUUAUAGCCAGAAAACAAUCGACGUUCUUGAAACGGAAGUGAUGUCAGAAUACUACGACGCUAUUUGGCAUAUCGGAGAUUUUGCCUAUGACUUGGAGGCUCAAGGUGGUUGGAUUGGUGACAGAUUCAUGGAACUUAUUCAGCCAGUAGCAGCUCGGAUCCCGUAUAUGACGUCACCCGGAAAUCACGAAUUGAAAAAUAAUCUCCAUCACUACCGCACUCGGUUCUCCAUGCCGGGUGUCGACUGGCCUAUGCCUCUUGAUCGCCUUUGGUACAGCUACAAUGUCGGGCCUGUCCAUUUCAUCAGUUUCUCGUCGGAAGUAUAUUUCAUGCAUAACUCUGAAUACAUCUGUAUGCAAUUCUAUUGGCUAUUGGAUGAUUUAACGAAAGCCAAUCAGAACAGAGACAAACAGCCAUGGAUAGUCGCCAUGGCCCAUAGACCGAUGUACUGUUCUAACGACGACGUGGAUGAUUGCACUGGUGGGAUAUUCGGUUAUCGGGUAAAACAUGGACUUGAGGAUCUAUUUUACGCACAAGGUGUGGACCUAAUACUACAAGCACAUGAGCAUUCAUAUGAACGUCUUUGGCCUGUCUACAAAGACAGAGUGGUUGCCAAGGACUACAAUCAUCCACAAGCCCCAGUACACAUUAUUUCCGGUGCUUCCGGAAGUAGUGAAGGAACAAACCCUAUGGGCGAUAGAGAACCAUGGUCAGCGUUUGCAUCAGCCGAAGGUAGUCUAAAUUCCUUCGGACGUAUCCACGUGUACAAUUCCAGUCAUCUCUAUUUCGAGCAAGUAAAGGUAAAAGAUGGACAGCCACUGGACAGUGUAUGGAUUGUCCAGUCUCUUCACGGACCAAACGUACCAAAUCUGAAUUGCAAUAGUGAGCAUGCGCACUUUUCAUGCAAAUGUCCAGUGCUGUUUCCUGCUUUGGCAGUGGUAAUUGCGAGCGCAGUAGUUCUAGUUAUCAUUAUACCAAUAAGUGUUUACUGUUGUUAUUCGUGGAAGAGGAACAAGAGACCUGUUUGUUUCAAAUUUUUUUGCAGAGAUACAAAUUCGCAUCGCGUACCCUUCCGUAGCCUCGAUGAAGACGAUGAUUUUUCCAUCUGACCACUCUGGAUAGGUCUCCAACUGUUCAUAAAAUAUUCAACGGUAUCAGUUAGUCACAUCUGUUGCUGACAUGUAAACAGUCGGGAUAUUUGCAUUUCCAGUUAAAGUAUAUUGAAACUUACGAAGAAAAUAUGUAAAGAAUAAAUCAUUUUUCACGUACUUAACAAAAUAUUUAAUUUUCCAAUAUAUUUAAGUUAAAGUUAAAAUAAAAGUCAGUGUAAACUGGUCUUGUUAUACAUUCUGUAUACAUUCUAUUGUUUUUGUGAUGUUAUGUCAAUUCCGACGUGAUAGAACCAGACAGACUGAAAACAUGUUCGGGUAUUGUCGGACAUCAAAAGACUUCUGACGAUUGUCUGUAACAGGGUCGAAGUAAUCGUGUCUAAGACAUUAUUUAAAGUUUGGUGCUAUCAGAACAUGCCCAUGUGAUGAAGAAAUGAGAGAUGUACCUGGUUAUCCAGAAGCGAUACUGUUCUUAGAACAUUGGAUCAAUACAAAUA